AAUUGUUCUUACCCAUAUAAAUGCAGCUGCUCUCAGUUUGUGCUCCUCUGGGGUUGCUUGCAAUUAUUAGUUUGAUUAUGGAUUUAUCUUCAAGGUAUUUUGGUUCCAGUAUUGUUGUUACGUGUUUCCAUGAGUGAACAGAGAGGUAGGGCUUCCUACUCUGCCGUUUUACUGACAUUCUCUGUGAUAUAUUACUUAUUGAAUCUUAAAAUACAAAUAAGGUAGCUCUGAAUUGCUAAUUCAGACCCUUGUGGAAAGCAGAUUUAUUAACUGAGUUAUUUUUGUGUGAUUCUUUUAUAAUAAUUUAGGCUUAGAUUAUAUAUUCAAAAUACUGUUUUCCAAAUUCACUUAUAUGAGUUAUUUUUAUCUUUCAAUAUGGUUUUGUUAUUCAUUUGUAAUACAGUUAAAAAGCAACCAUUUUUGUCACCUUAAAGUAUAAUGUUAGCUUUGGCGUUUUUGUAGAUGCCCUUUAUUAGGCUGAAAAUUUUUCUUGGCCUUAUUGAACUUCAUUAAAAACAAUCAUGGUUAAUGAAUUUUGUCAAAUUCCUUUUCUGCAUCUCAUGAGAUCAUCUGAUUUUCUGGCCUGCCAAUAUGUUGCAUUAAAUUGAUUUACAUUUGAAUACCUCGCAUUUCUGGGAUAUGUUCUAACUUGAUGUAUUAUCUCUUCAUGUAUAGAGGUAUACGUAUGUAUGUGUGUAUAUAUAUCACUGUAUUCAUUUUGCUAAAAUUUUAUUAAGGGUUUGUAUUAACUCUGCUCUGCAAUCAGCCUGUGAUAGCUGAGGGCCCAGAAUGCCUUAAAUGGAUUUAUCUUCACCCCUUUGCCCUGCCACUUGCUUUUGGGGAUGGCUGCCUUGGUCAUCAGGGAGACUACAUGCACCUCAGUGAUCCUGCCUUAUCCCAGCCUUAAAUAUACUAUGGUCUGAUAUUAGGUGAAGACUUGUGAGAGUCUGUGGAUGGAUUCAUCACUGUGAUUUCUGUAACUGAGAUGUCUCAAAAUUCUAAUGUGGUCUAUCAACCACACUCUGCUGUCAAAGUUUGGUAAGAUUUAAUGAUGAUUUCUUUAUACCUUCAUGUGUGGCAGAUUCCUUCUCUCAGCACUCAUCCGAGAUUGAGAAAAAUCAUGGGUAUAUUCUUUCUUAGCGAAGCUUAUUAUUUAGGUGUAUCUGCAUUCUUGGCUCUCUGAUGUAUUUUUAAAAGGUAUGAUUUUAUAGCUAUGUGGCUUGUGUUUUAAGAGAGAAGGAUCAACCCUUGGAAGUUUUACAUUCUAAUAUGAAUAUAUGAGAGCAUUUAUUUUGGUUUUUGUUUUGUUGUGUUUUUGAGACGAGGUCUCUGUUGCCCAGGCAGAAGUGCAGUGGCGAGAUCACGGUUCACUGUGGCGUUGACCUCCCGAGACUCGGGUUUUCCUCCCACCUCAGUCCCCUGAGUAGCUUGGACUAUAGAGAGAUGGCUAAUGAAUGGCUCUUGAUGAUAGAUGAGUAAUGCCUGUUGCUUAAAGAUUGAUGGUAUGAGACAAGACUCCCAUUACUACUUAAUCAAGAGGAAUUGAGAUUGACCUACUCAUAAGUUCAGACAAUGUCUUGAAGAGACUUUGGGAACAAGAUAUUCAGAUCAUCUUUCUCAAGACUUUUUCUGUCUUCAUGAGGCAAAAUUUGAAGAGGAAAGGAUGGUGGCUGGGUGGUUGACAAAUUACUCUCAGGACUCAGUGACCUUUGAGGAUGUGGCUGUGGACUUCACCCAGGAGGAGUGGACUUUGCUGGAUCAAACUCAGAGAAACUUGUACAGAGAUGUGAUGCUGGAGAACUACAAGAAUCUAGUUGCAGUAGAUUGGGAGAGUCAUAUUAAUACCAAACGGUCAGCACCUCAGCAGAAUUUUUUGCAGGGGAAAACAUCCAGUGUGGUGGAAAUGGAGAGAAACCAUUUUGGAGAGGAACUAUUUGACUUUAACCAAUGUGAAAAAGCCUUGUGUGAACACUCAUGCCUUAAGACUCACAGGAGAACCUACUUUAGAAAGAAAACCUGUGAGCAUAAUCAGUGUGAAAAAGCCUUCACAAAACCCUCUACUUUACACAAGAAAACUGAUACUGGAGAAGAACUUCCUAACUGUAAUCAAUGUGAAACAGCCUUCAGCCAACAUCUACGUCUUGUUUGCAAGAAAACUAGCCAAAAUCUACAUCUUGUUUGCAAGAAAACUCACACUCAAGAGAAACCAUACAAAUGCAGUGACUGUGAAAAAGGCUUACCUUCCACCUCACACCUCAGAGAAUGUGUAAGAAUUUAUAGUGGAGAGAGACCAUAUACUCAUAAGGAGUAUGUCAAAACCUUUUCUGAUUCUACAGGCCUUUUUGUACACAUGCAAACUCAAGAUGCAGAAAAAUUCUAUGAAUGUAAAGCAUGUGGGAAAGCCUUCACUCAGUCUUCAUAUCUUACUCAACAUUUAAGAACUCAUAGUAGAGUGUUACCUAUAGAACAUAAGAAAUUUGGCAAAGCCUUUGCUUUUUCCCCAGAACUUGCUAAACAUACGAGACUUAGAACUAGAGGGAAACACUAUGUUUGUAAUGAAUGUGGCAAAGAGUUUACUUGUUUCUCAAAACUCAACAUUCACAUAAGGGUUCACACUGGAGAAAAACCAUAUGAGUGCAAUAAAUGUGGGAAGGCCUUCACUGAUUCUUCAGGUCUUAUAAAACACAGGCGAACUCACACUGGAGAAAAGCCUUAUGAAUGUAAGGAAUGUGGGAAAGCUUUCGCUAACUCUUCACAUCUUACUGUACAUAUGAGAACUCACACUGGUGAGAAGCCUUAUCAAUGUAAGGAAUGUGGGAAAGCCUUUAUUAAUUCCUCUUGCUUUAAAAGUCACAUGCAGACUCAUCCUGGUGUAAAACCCUAUGACUGUCAACAUUGUGGGAAAGCCUUUAUUCGAUCCUCGUUUCUUAUUCGACAUUUAAGAAGUCACAGUGCGGAAAGGCCUUUUGAAUGUGAAGAAUGUGGGAAAGCCUUUAGAUACUCCUCGCACCUUAGUCAACAUAAAAGAACACACACAGGGGAGAAGCCAUAUAAAUGUCAAAAGUGUGGGCGAGCCUUCGCUAUCUCAUCAGGCCUUACAGUACACAUGAGAACUCACACUGGCGAACGGCCCUUUGAAUGUCAGGAAUGUGGGAAAGCCUUUACUCGGUCCACGUAUCUUAUUCGACAUAUAAGAAGUCACAGUGUGAAGAAACCAUAUAAGGAAUGUGGGCAGACCUUUAGUAAUUCCUCAUGCCUCACUGAAUGUGUGUGAAUUGGGGCUGAUAUUUGGAAAGAAUGUGGUAAAGCCACUACUUCGUCACACUUACUGAACAUGUACUCAAGUGGCAGUGUACACAGUCAUAAGGAAUGUGUGAAGCCUUUCUUGGUGUCUCAGAUCUCAACAAUUCCAAUAGAAGAGAAGACAUGAAUGUAAGGAAUGUGGGAAAGUCUUGACUCCUUCCAUCGGCCGUACUUACUAUUCAUGUGUCUGUGCAUCCUGGGAAACAAACUGAAUGUAGAAAACCAUCAGUCCAUGCUUACUGAGUCUGUUUGAACUCAUGCUGGAGAGAAAUGCUGUGAAUGUGAGGAAGGUGGAAAAGCUUUCAUUAUUUUCCUCAGGCCUUACUGAGCUUGUGAGCACACUGGAUGUAAAUGCACAUCCUCUGGAUGUAAGGAAUGUGUUGAAACCUUUUGCUCUGCCUUAUACCUUAAUAUUCAACUGUGAUCUCACAAGUGUUAAAAUCUUGAAUGUAAGAUGUGUGGAGAUUCUUCUUUGUUUUUAGCUUCCACUUUGGGAACGUGUCAAAGCACACAUUGGGAAGUGCCGUGAGUGAAAGAGAUGUUGGAAAGCCCUUGAACUUGGUCAUUAGGAAACAUCCACACUGAAGAGGAACUCGACUAUGGAAGGUCAAAAAGGCUGUAUUAAUUUAGAUGCAAAAAGUCACAUUAGAGGAAUGCCAUAUCAGAAUGCUUUUGGUAAAUAUACAUGUUUUAAAGAGGUAUAUAUUAUUAAUAAAAAUAUCUAGCUGGUCUGAA